CCGGAUAACAUUUAAAACGCUCGAUAUGUAUUUACAAAGUUUGGUAUUAGUUUUGCUGGCCGUAAACUUCGCCACAUCGGGAUAUGUGCCGCAAGCCACAGAAUUUACUGAAGUUGAGAAUGUGCGCCCAAAGGUGACAAAUGCAAAUGAGGAAAAAGUUGAUUCAGUAUCAGAAAAACAAUCACCAGUAGUCGUGUCAACGGAAAAUUCAGUCAAAACCGCUGAAAAAUCUGACUCGUCUCCAGUGGCAAGCAUGGCAACAUCGGUUUCAACCACAGAAGAAGCCCAUGCCCACGAAGAAACAACAGACAAAGUUGUAAGUUCAAGCACCAAAUUGACCUCAGAAGGUGUAAAAGAUAUGAAAUUGCAUCCAAAUUGGAAUAGAAACCACGGAGAAGAAGUUAAAACUCAAUCGGCAGAUGCAGCAGUUGAAGUACCCGUACCAGUAGAUGAUCCCAAAAUUACAAAAUUAUAUUAAUUUAAAAGUUUUUAUAUAUAUACCAUAAUUAACAUCUUUAAAUAAAACGUAAUACUGAAUGAAUGAAAUCUAAUCCUAAUUGUAUAA